AGGCCCAAAACCCAAGCUCGAACGCGAAGAAGACCCGCGGUCGUAAUUGUAACACCGGAAACUGACGAAACCUUAAAAACAAAAUUAAACAACGGCCUGAGCCUACCACCUCCUUUCUAAGUGUCUCACCAAGACCAAUAUAUAAAGCCAUUUCCAAAUUCGCCGGGGCACGUGACUCGCCGUCCCGGAUCUCCGAUCACGUGACCUCCUCCCAACCCGAGAGAGGACUCGUUAAUUUUUCUCUCUUCUUUGUUCACCUCAUUUUCAUGAGAAGGCGCGAACCCGACUUCUUUGUUUGUCCGUUGUUGGAUCCGUAGAUUUUGUGCGUCCGAGUCCGAAUCUGAAUCAAAACUCCCAUGGCGACGAGGAACCGGACCUUGCUUUAUAGGAAGUACAGGGAUGCGUUGAAGACCGUCCGUGCUCCGACGAGCUCGUCCGCUUCGACGUCCACCAGCUCCGGCGGUGGUCCGGUCAUUGAAUUGGUCAGCACUUCGCUUCUGCAUCCGAAUCGGUCUUAUGCUCCGCUCAGUACCGAGGAUCCCGGUAAUUCAAGUAAGGGUGCACUUACUGUUGGUCUACCACCGGCAUGGGUGGAUCUAUCUGAAGAAAUAGCAGUAAAUGUGCAGCGUGCAAGGGUAAAAAUGGCUGAGCUGAACAAGGCUCAUGCAAAGGCUUUAAUGCCUUCAUUUGGAGACGGUAAAGAAGAUCAACGCUUGAUUGAGGGUCUUACGCAAGAGAUAACUAGUCUGAUCAGGAAAUCUGAGAAGAGACUACAGAGACUCUCUGCAGCUGGGCCUUCUGAAGAUUCAAAUGUUAGAAAAAAUGUGCAGCGAUCUCUUGCCACUGACCUUCAGAACCUCUCCAUGGAACUUCGGAAGAAACAGUCAACUUAUUUGAAGCGUCUCAGGCAGCAAGCAGAGGGUCAGGAUGGGGAUGAUUUAGAGAUGAACCUAAAUGGAAAUAGAUCCAGAAUGGAUGGUGACGAUUUGGAUGACAUGAUGUUUAAUGAGCGUCAGAUGGCCAAGCUAAAGAAAAGCGAAGCGUUCACAGCAGAAAGGGAAAGGGAGAUCCAACAGGUUGUGGAAUCUGUGAAUGAGCUUGCUCAGAUUAUGAAGGAUUUGUCAGUACUAGUGAUAGACCAGGGAACUAUUGUUGAUAGGAUAGACUACAACAUUCAGAACGUAGCAAGUACGGUUGAGGAUGGCCUCAAGCAAUUGCAAAAGGCUGACAAAACGCAGAAACAAGGGGGAAUGGUGAUGUGUGCUACCGUACUCGUUAUCAUGUGCUUUAUCAUGCUGGUCCUCCUAAUCCUCAAGGAGAUAUUCUUGUGAUCUGAGAGCGAGAGGACAGUUGUUUCCAGAUUUUGGUUACAUUCUAAUUGUCAUAACCUUCCCUUCGGACUUCUACACGUGCAAAGAUGCUCUCCCUAGCAGAAGAUUAGAGGAGUUUUGGAGUGCCCUAGUUAGUUACAUAUACUACAUUAAGUGACUAUUUGUGAAUUCCUCCAUAUUUUCUGGGUAUUAGUAAAGACGGAGUGGGAAGGGGUAAUGGUUCAUUAGGGAAUGAAUGCCGCGGAAUUUGUAUAGAGCGUAAAAUACAUGUUGUUCCUUGGGGAAGGGUGUUUUUGCAAAGGGAUCUAUAUUGAUUCUUUCAAUUUUCAUUUGCCGGGAUUUUGUGUUUUCAUUCCCCACAACUCAUAUGUGUAAGAUGAGGCUUCUCUCUAUUUCAUUGUUAGUUUGAUCAUUCAAUAAAAUAAAUUACAUCAAUUUUAUCCAACC